CCGUUAUUUGACAUUUCCCUACGCCCAAAACAUGCAACUUUCUUCAUUAUUACCCCAAAUUUCCCAUACUUUCGGAUUUCCUUCUCAUGGUCUAUCAUUUCCUGGUUGUAGAAACUCAGUUUCUUGCCAACUGUGCUUCGAGCAGCCCACCAAAUCUUACAGCUUUCAUCUGAAUUUAUUCUCUUAGGUACUAAUCACUUGAUGCGACAAAUGGAUUCAAUGAUGAACUCAAUGAUGGACCCUUUUGCAAGUAUGAUGUCUAUGCAUCACCAAAUGAUGGGCAUUCAACCUCCUCCUCAACAACGUCACCCUGCUGGCGCAAUGGUUCCUUUUGGAGGAAUGCCUGGAUUCCCUAUGGGCAUGGGCAUGAGUAUGGAUCCAUUUGGAAUGCCAUCAGUAGGGCAAAUGUUUCAGAGCUUUGGGCAGCCUGGAUUUGGAGCAAGCCCCAUGUACAGCAGCAGUUCUGUGAUGACAAUGACAACUGGCCCAGAUGGGCAACCACAGGUCUAUCAAGCUUCAACUACCACUCGCACAGCUCCAGGAGGUGUAAGGGAAGUUCAACGUAGUGUAAGCGAUUCACGCAGUGGAGUUCGUAAAAUGGCUGUUGGGCGACAUUUAGGAGAGCGAGGCCAUGUUGUCGAAAAAGAGCAAAAUUGCUACACAGGGGACUCCGAACAAAGAGAAGAUUUCAUCAACAUUGAAGAAGAGGAAGCUCACCAAUUUGACGAGGAGUGGCAAAGGAGAGCUCGUUCUCACCAUCACCAAGGCAUGCACGGCCAAUCUCGCAUUGAAAUGUCACGUCCUCAUCAUCAUAAUAAUCAUCAUAAUAAUCAUCAUAAUAAUCAUCAUCAAUCCAAUUCUUCCAACUACAUGGGAGCACCUUUAGCUAUUACUGCUGGUCCUAGCCAUGAAAUUGAUCCGCCCAGGUCUCGUCACUCAACCAAUUCACGCGGUGUUGGCCCCGAUCGGAAUGCAAGGAAGAGAGACGGCCAUCGUACUGGAAAGAGCCGCCACGAGACCUCAAUGUAAAUAUCCUAUAGGAAAUCGUUUUCAGAGGAAAAUCAAAUCACAAUUCAAUAAAGCUCCAAAAUCGCCAAGUUCGACAUGCACGUAUUUUCCUGCAACAUGUCCCACCCCUCCUCCCAAUGAAGUGUUAAGCGUAUUCUUUCCUUUUGUCUGGCUUCUCUAUUUUACCCUUAACACCAGUUUUGUUAUUUUAGAAUCUCACUACCAUCGUACGGUGAAAUGAAGAAAUCUCCACGUAACCCUUUUAGUCACAUAAAAAUAGACGAACACAAAAUUCGUGGUCGGUGUUGGAAAUACAAGAACACACAACUGAA